AUGCUGGCUUCAUCCGGAGUUAUUCUCCCUCUCUUCGCUCUCUUGAGCCAAGUCGCCCCCGGAUUCGCCAACAGCGUUCCUAUUGUCUCGUGCUCUACCAGCACGGACGUCCAAAUUUUCCAGAAUCCCAACUUUGAGUCCGGAUCACUUGAUGACUGGACCGUCAGCAAUUCCUACGCGGAGUCUUACAGCGUCGUACAGGUUGGCACAUCAGACGCCCAAGGCUCAGCCGAAGAUGGGUCCUAUUACUUCCAAACGUACGGCUACAAUCACGAGUUUCACCUUUCUCAAACGGUUUCCAAUCUUGUAGUUGGCUCUACAUAUACGAUCACGUAUUGGAACCACCUACCUCAGAACCUAGGUGCUAUAGCUGGUUGCUGGGAUUCUGUUUACUUGGAUACCACCGCCAACAAAAUCGCCUAUAUUACCUACGACGCAUCCACUACAUGGACAGCACAUACCUUGACCUUUGCAGCCACAGCGACCAGUCAUACCCUGGUCUUCGCUCCAGAUUGUGGUUCCGGUCGCAAUUCCCCAUGGUAUAUGGGAUGGGAUAACUUCCAGAUCGAAGGAGAAACCCAGGUGUGCACUACUUCCUACUCGACUAUUUCAUCUUCGACACCUACGCCAACCCCCAGCUCAGUCAUCUCAUCCAGAGUUGCAUCCACUACACCCUUGGUUGGAUCGUCUUCAUCCAGAGUCAUUGCAUCCUCAGCCACACUCGCGUCGUCCCCAUCCAGAGUUGGGCCGUCUUCAAGUAGAGUCAACCCAUCGUCCAGCACUGUCAAAUCCUCGGCCAGAGUGAAACCAUCUUCAACUAGAGCUCGGCCCUCGUCUAAGGGAUGCAAAACUAGAACCAGGAAAUCUUCAUCUAGCGCUGUCAAGUCAUCCUCCGGAACUACGCCAUCCUCGGUCGGAGUUAGACCAUCUUCAACUAGAGCUGUAUCCUCGUCGGUGGCUGCUACUUCUGCUGCCUCUUACACCACAGCAUCUACUACUUCUAGCAACACUGACAGUGGAAAUAGCUCAUCUUCUGGCGUUUCUUCCAGCAUGACCUCCGCUCCCGGUGGUGGAAACAGCUCAGGCUCCGGAUCCAGCACGACCACUGCUCCUGGUGGAGGAUCUGGCUCUAACACACCCCAAGGUGAAUCUGGUGGCGCCGGAUCUACCACUUCGACCGUUCUCUCAACCCGCACCGCUACUAUCACCACUUGCCCAUCAACAGUCACCGAUUGCCCAGCAAGCGAUAAGACUACGUAUACUACCACUGAGGUCAUUGUUGUAUCGACGACAGUCUGCCCUGCGACUGCUACUGCUACUUCUUCUUCUGCAACUACCCGUGGCUCUGGCUCUGGCUCUGGUUCUGGUUCUGGUUCUGGUUUUGGAGGGAACCCAAUCACUGAGACUAUUUACUCUACCCGGGUCUUCACAAUCUACGAGUGCGCACCGACUGUUACCAACUGCCCCUAUGCUUUGAGAACUGCUCAUGCGGUUACUGAGACCACUGCCGUUGGAACUACAGUUUAUCCUGCUAGCUCUGCUCCUACAAGUGACUUCAGCUCUGGUUCUGGUUCCAUCACUGGCUCCGGCUCUACUGGCACUGGCUCUACUGGCACUGGCUCUACUGGCUCUGGCUCUACUGGCUCCGGCUCUACUGGCUCCGGCUCUACUGGCUCCGACUCUACUGGCUCCGGCUCUACUGGCUCCGGCUCUACUGGCUCCGGCUCUACUGGCUCCGGCUCUACUGGCUCCGGCUCUACUGGCUCCGGCUCUACUGGCUCCGAAUCGUUUUCUAAGGCCAUUGUUACUGGAACUGCGAUUCAUGCUGCUGGCUCUAUACCUUCUAGUGGAUCCAGCUCCAGCCCUGUUCCUAGCUCCGGCCCCAAAUUUGGCACCGGUUCUGCGCCUGGAAGUAGCACCUUGAUGUCAUCUUCUCACGCUGGUGCUUCAUUCACAACAAGUGCAAGCCAGCCAGUCUACACAGGCGUCUCGUCCUCUCAAUUUGCUUUGCUUUCCGAAUCGCUCGUAUCCAUCUUCGGUCUUUUGACUGCGUGGCACCUUCUUCUUUAA